UCAAACUGAACACCGCUGAAAGGAUGCGACAGUUAUUUACAACUUAGGGGAACAGAGGUACAACAGCAUCAUUCAAAAACUCACCUCACUAUUGGACCAAAAGAAGAGUGGAGGUCACUUCCGGGGCAGGGCCUCAGAGGAGUGGGGCUUACAUCUCGGUGUCCUUGUGCAGCGUUCCACUGGUGGACUGGAAAGGCAAUCAGUUUUCCAAUUAAGGUCUUCUGCAUUUGAGAUCUACACAAGGAAGGCCCAGAACUUGACCCUGGAAGCCCAGUGGCACGGUUGUUCUGCCCCCUAGAGGCCUGUAAAAGUAUUUCCCGACAGCCACAUACCAGCUACAGCCGCUGCUAUUGGGCUGCACAGAUACCGCGAUCUCCACAGGUGGAGCCUCGCAGGGGGCGGGGCUUAGCGUGACAUUUUGCGACUUUGCUUAGGCAGGCGUCACUUGCAACACCACUGGCCGUCCGGGGCGCAAACCGGCCGGGGUGAGGAGCAGGAGAUUCGAACGCGCGAGGCCCAGCGCUGCACCUGCGCGGCUCCCCGAGAAGCCAGGACCGCGGCCUCCCCGCGGCGCCCCACGAGCUCCCACGACUCGCCCGCGUCGCGCCGGCCUGCGCCCCGCCCGCCCGCAGCCCGCCUCUGCUGGCGUCCAGACCUGUCACCGCGUGCAGGACACGGCCCCCCAUGCCCUCCGCCAGGCCCCGGGAGCAAAGCCCGCAGCGCGUCGACGUGAUGGGCAGCCGGCUCCGCAGCCCCAGCGCCUACCCUGCACCCUGGUGGGGACCGCAGCCCGGAGGACCCGGCCCCGCCAAGCGCCGCCGGUGGGAGGAGCCCGCCGGCCUCGAGGCCCAGCCGGCGCCCAGCCUCCAAGACGUGGUGGGGCCCCCGGCCCCGGCCGCGCUCACUUCCGUCGUGGUCCUGGCCGCGGGCUGCGCCCUGCAGCUGCCCCUGGACCACGUCGACCUGCUGCUGGAGCCCGAGCCAACGUCGGUCCUGCAAGUGUCUCUCGGAGAUCACACCCUCGUGCUGGUCCCCCAGGCCCUCCUGGACGCCGGCGACCAACGCUCCGGAGGCCAGGCCCACUCGCCCUUCGGCCUGGAACCGGCCGCUUUCCCGGGCGCUCCCGGGGACGCCGCCGCCGUCGAGCAGGGAUUGUUCUGCGCAUCUGUCCCGGAGGUCGCCGCCCAAGUCGAGGCCUACGACGAGGACGCCGACCCUGAGUUCCCGCCGUCUUGGGCGGCCCCUGCAGCUGGCUCAGUCGCUGGGCUCCGCCCCUCGCCUGGAAGGGAGUGCGGCCCCUCCCCGCACGGCCGAGUCCCAGAGCCCUCGCCCUGGGCCCCCACCCCUAGUCCAGAGAGACGCUCUCCUGGCCCCUACUACCAGCUGGACUUCCACCUUCUGGAGCCCUUUCCCACCUCGCCCCUCCAACCUCUGCCUCCCUCUCCGAGUCCAGGUCCCCACGCGCGCCCCCCGCGCCCUAUUGGUCCUCCGCGCAAGGCCCGGAGACGCCUCUUCGAGGAAUGAACCGCCUCCCACAGUCCCUGGGCACCGGGCUGGGGAUCAUGAGAAGGUCUUCUGAUAACAGCUGUGUGUCCAUUGCACAACCUACAGGAAUCACCAAGCGUGUAUAACAGACAGAUGCUUUUUUGAUGCAGGCUGCAUCGGAGAAUUUUAGAUCAGUGGAGAACUAGAACAUCUAGAAGGAAGAUGACCAGGGCGAAGAAAUGCUACUUGAAAUGUAGUGUACUUUGCGACGUCCAGAUGGCCGCUUAGGUUGUUCUCUCUGGAGAAGUCACCUUGAGGAGCUCCAUUCCUCCCAGUUUAGCUUGGAACCUCGGCUCCAGCACUUUUCUCUAAAAAUCCAUCCUUUCUCCAACACCCUACCACUGCACCCCUUUUCUCCCAAAUUAAUUACUGAAUUUCUUAGGUUUAAUGGGUCUGGGCCCUAGUGCCCGUGCUAGGUUAUUACAACCUUCUCACUGGUUUGACCUUUUCUUUAUGUGGCUAGCCCCUUUUGGGGAAUCUAACAAAUACUUGUAUGUGGACAAACGUUUGUUGGAUACAAAACAAACGCGGAUGGGGAACAAUGAUCACGAGCCCUCCUCUUUUGUAAUGACUAAGUUAGCUAAGAGUUUAACUAUAUUGUUGGGUUGGUUGGUUGGUUUUUUCCCAAAAGAACCAACUCUUUCCUUUCUUUUUUUUCUUAUAUAUUUUUAAUAUAAUUCUCCUGUCCUGCGAAAGUUUAUAAUUCUAAAGAUUCUGUGUUUUUAUAGUUCUAAGAUCCCAAAUAUAUUUUGUACAUUGUUACUGACAUAUAGAAAUAAUUUGUUUCUUAUGUUGAUCUGGUAUCCAGCAAAAUUACUUAAUUUCUUUAAUGCCUUGUCUGUAGAGUCUCUUAUUUGACUGACAAAGACAAUAAUAUCUCCAAAUAAUGAGAAUGUUGUCUCUCUUUUUGACAAGCCUCUUACAUCUUAUUUUUCCUUAACUUUUUUUAUUGGCUAUUCCCUCAGCUCUAGGUUGAGCAGUAUGGUUGACAGGGGCAUCCCUGUCUAUGCAUUUUGUUAAUGCAAAUGCUUCUAAAUUUCUGAAACUAUGAUCUUUUCUGUACACAGUGGGUAGAUAACCUAUAUCCUAUUGAAGAGUUAGUUCUCAGUCAUUCUGAUCAUGAAAAAUUUUGGAUUUUUGUUUUGGUUGUUUUUGGCUAAAUGACUACAAAGGUUUUAUCAAAUUAUUUUAAAUGGCACUUUUAAUUUUGCGUGUAGACAUAAAAAGCUACAUGGAGCCUCUGGGUCAUUGGGGUACAUACAGAAAACUGGCAACAGAAACCUGGCAAAUGACACCAGGCUUGGGGCUUCAGGAUUUUAAAAAUUGGAUGCCCUUCUGAGGACCUGAUGAGAGAAAGGUGAAAGGGGAAAGGCAAGAACUGCAGGCUCACUUUACGGGUUUUAAAUAUUAAAUUUUGACACAUUUUUUUCUGUAUGCAAAGGAUGAUUUUUUGUAGUUUUUUUUUUUAUCUGUUCGUGUGGUGAUUUGCACUGAUGAGCCUUCUAAUGACAAAGUAUCUUUGCAUUUCUGCUAUUCCACAUUAUGUCGUACAAUUCUAAUUCCAUCCUGAGGUCUUUUUUGUUUUGUUUGUUGUUUUUAAAAAACAACCAGAUACGCUCUGCUCCUAAUUUUAAAAUGUCAUUAUUUUACCAGGCUUGUGUCAUAUUUUAUAACGAAAUAAAUUAUCAGUGCUAAAGCUGAAGUCCACAAGAUGCUAGUGUUGUCUGUUGAGCAUCAAUCACUAUUAUGUAGCUUUACCCACAUGCUGUGCCAGUGUCUUUGCCCACCUUCUGUCCUUGCAUUCCGCUCCUUCAUUCAGUCCUCUUUGUAUCUUUUACCAAGAUAUACCCGUUAAAAUUCUUUCAGCUGUGGCCUGUGUAUAAAUCUUAGUUUUGUAUGUCUGCAAAUAUUUCAGUUACACCUUUAAACUUAUGUCAUAUUCUCACUGGGUUUGGAAUUCUAAAAUAAAGCCUGU